GUGCCAAAAAUAAAAUGAAUGUACAAAAACAUUUUCCUAUGCUUUAUGACAUCAUUCGUCCAACAAUUAACAAUACAAAGCAAGUAACAAAAUUUAAAAAAUAAAAGUGGUUUAAACAAGCGAUACAGGAGCGUGAGUCAGACAUCAGGUUGAUUUAGUGGCGACGCCUUUGGUUAGACUAAAUCAUGCAUCCGCCAUAUUGGAAUCAAGCUGUCGGAUAAUGUGUAUGCUGUUCGUUUUAGAAACGUUUUAAUUACACUUAGCCAUCAAACUUUCUUCCUGAAUCAAUCAAGCAUAAUCUGUCCUAUAAACAUCGUUAACUUCUCCUAAAACAUUUGGAAAGUAAAUUCAGUGUACUUAGCCGAACGUUUAAUUAAACAGGUUAACUUUUAACCGACGUUGACAUUCCAACAAUCUUUCGUCAAAUUUCGAUCACAAACGAAUUAAUUGCUUAAAACACGUUAGUUGAGAAUCGACAUUAAUAAUUUAUUAUAACCAAAUAUUUCAGUUAUAAUUUAUUAGCGUCUUUCAUUCGGAAGAAUAUACAAUUUAUAUUUUUUCUGUUAUAUUCCUUUUAUUGGUCGAAAUAAAGAUUACUUUCAAACACUUCCUCGGAUAGUAUCCAUUUGAUUUGAAAAGAAAUCGUAAAUACGAAUUAUCUGAGAACUAUCUAAAUAAACUGUUUUAUCCUGUAGCAUUGCCGUAAUUUGUUACUUCGUUUUGCUUAACUUGGUUGAUAAAACAGUGUAAAAAAAGUUCACUUGAAACGGUUGCUCCAGUUUCUGUUAUUUUGUACACACGUUUCAAGUACCAUUUCAAAUCAAUUUCCAGUCUAGAUUCAACUACAUCACAUACAUCGACGCACGGCCACAGCAACGUCGAGCAUCUGGUGGCGAUGCACUGUACUAAUGGCUGGCGCACACGAGCGUAGAAAGAGAAAGAAAGAGAAAGAGAGACACAGGUACGAGACGAGCUUGUGGUGAGGUAGCCACCAGUCAACAGCAGAGACGGAGACGGAGAGUUCGAGGUAGCCCGUGCUUAUAGCUGCCUGUGGCUCUCGUUGUAACUCGUUGUAACGUGACGCGAAGGUGUGCCAAGCCUGUUACAAUUGCCUGUUACUUCGUACGAAGACGCCCGAUUGUAGGUUAAUCGUAGUGUCGCGUAUCGAAAGUGUCGGUAGUGUUGUGUGAUCUAUCGGUCUAUCUGUCCUCGUGUGCCAAUCAAAAAAAGAACUGUAUCAGCAACGUACAUCAUCGUGGAAAACUGUCAAGAGUGUUGUGUCCUAGACGCUGUCCGUGAACAGGAAAGUUUCGGACGAUCGUCGUCACAGGCGUCGAAUUGCACGGAGCAUAAGGCAGAGCCUUUCCCUAUGUUCGAAUUCGAGCGGAUGUGACCCAAAGAAGUUGGCAGUUUGCUCAAGGGCCGCGGAGACUGGUAACCGCGCAGCUAGAGAGGUUCUUCCCAGGAUGCCGCAAGGUUUCGCGACCGUUCAAAGACUUCGGGUCGCGUCACGAGCGUGUAACAGAAUAACGAGCUGAGGAUGUCGGAGCAAAACGGGCCCAGCGAGGGCCCAGGACCAGGACCAGGACCAGGCCCCGCUUGGUGGCCAGCCUCGCAGUCCUGGAAAACGAACUCCUGUGCAUCCGUCUCCUCAUCCAGUACUUCCACUGCUCCAGACAGCUCCGCCUCCGUCUCUGUCUCCUGCACCAUUUCUACCUCUUCCCUGACGACUACCACUUCGACUACUUCCUCGACAAGUUGCUGUUCCUCGACUCCUAGCGGACCUUCGUGUACGAUCACGGCUGCCCGUUCCACGGAAACAGGAAAGAACGUUUCUGUCACCACGAUUAACGUACCGAACAAUCAGGAUAUACACGAUGGCAAAGGCAUUUGUAAGUAUCUAACCGGCCAGAAUGGCGUCACAGUGUCCGUAGUUUCAAGCUGUGGCUCCGUAUUGGACUGUGGAAAUGCGAAUGUUGUAUCCACCACAGGGAUCGGCAUCAAUAACGCCUCGCACAGCAUCGGGAUUGGCAUUGGAGUUAAUGUCCUUCAGUCUCAAAACACUGCGGAUGACGAUGCAGAAGAUAGCGACGUAGAAAUAAGCAAGAUUGAUUUUCGUGGAGUGAACUUGCGUACGAAGAAGAAACGAGACUUGCCGGGGAACCAGGGUGGAGAGAAAAUAGGUGACGGAGAUGCCGAAGAUAGAAAUGGUUGUUACGAUGGAAAUGAUAUCUCCCAGCAACAACCAGAGAGACCCAUGUCAUGGGAAGGUGAAUUGUCUGACCAAGAAAUGUCUUCCAAUACAAUUACAAAUCAGGAUACACAUGAGGACACAUCCAUGGAAGGUGUCCAAGUUUGCGGUGCGAGUCCGGGCCCUAUAGAGCAAAAAUUUCCUAUAAAACCAGAACCUGACUUUAGGUCUAGUCCUGGAUUUGCAUUUGGUUCUUUUCAUGAUACUGGAUUACCUUUGGCACAUGGUCAACAGAUGCAACAACAACAACAACGCAACAUAGAGAACCUUGAACAAACACAACAAAAUGAUUUGCCUCUUCUCGUAGGGAAACUACUGGGUGGUUACAAUAGUUCUACUCCAAAUCACAGUCCAGUUUUAAAUCCUAGACAUCAUUUGACUAAACAUAGUCAUACGAGAUCACAGGUGCCGUCUCCAGAUUCCGCAAUUCACUCGGCAUACAGCGUAUUUAGUUCGCCAACACAGAGCCCUCACGCAGCUCGCCAUUCUGCUUUAGGAGCAGGAAGUCCGGUACCGUCUUCGUCGCUUUCUCUCUCGCGACACAGCUUCAACAAUUCAACUUCCUCUUUAUCGUUGUCACUAUCGCAUUCUCUGUCGAGGAACAAUUCGGAUGCAUCAAGCAGCUGUUACAGCUACGGUUCUCUUAGCCCACCUACGCAUUCACCCGUCCAACAACCAAGACAUCCGCAACAUCAUCAGCACCAGGUGGCCCAGGGAAGUCCACUUCAUCUGCCAGCAACAGCCUCGUCCAUUGCUCAUCAUUAUUCUUCCUCCACACCGGGUUCUGAACUCUCCCCUGAAGGACAUACCGCUCCUGAUGAUCAAGAAGACUGUCGAAUACCCUCAGCUCCUUCCAGUAUCUCCACUAGACAACAACUGAUCAAUAGUCCAUGUCCAAUUUGUGGUGAUAAGAUCAGCGGUUUCCAUUAUGGAAUCUUCUCGUGUGAAUCAUGUAAAGGAUUCUUUAAACGCACCGUCCAAAACCGGAAAAAUUAUGUGUGCCUUAGAGGCGCGGGCUGUCCAGUCACCGUUGCCACCAGAAAGAAGUGCCCAGCCUGUCGUUUUGACAAGUGCCUCAAUAUGGGUAUGAAGCUUGAGGCUAUUAGAGAAGAUCGCACCAGGGGCGGACGAAGUACCUAUCAGUGUACGUACACUCUUCCAGCAAGUCUUGUGAGUAAUUCUGCGAGCAGUAUGACUAGUGACAAAUUGGCCACGGGAGGGAAUUGUAGUCCAGCUCCAUCGGGAAGUGAACAUCACUAUCCCAGUAGACAUCACUCGAAUCAUUCGCACAAGAUACAGGUGGUGCCGCAACUUUUGCAAGACAUUAUGGACGUAGAACAUCUGUGGCAUUACAAUGACAAUGAUCGCAUGUCUGGAAUUCAAGCUGGAAUGAAUGCUACCAGAAAUAACGAUUCGAUGUUAUUAGGAGUUGGUUCCGGGACUGGUUCUGGAUCCGGAACAGGAAGUGACGGAAGUGUUGAGUGUCCCUCCAAUGGAACAGCUGGAAAUGGAAAUUCCAACAACAGGAGAGACGACAGGUCAUGUUCUAAUGUUUCUGCUGUUAAUAACGAACAACGAGCUACAUCUGUUACUAGUAGUUCCCAGAUUGGUAGCAAUACGAAUGGCAAUUCUACCCAGCAUCCUGAUUUUCUAUCGAACCUUUGUAACAUUGCUGAUCAUCGACUGUAUAAAAUAGUGAAAUGGUGCAAGAGUCUGCCGCUGUUUAAAAACAUUUCCAUUGACGAUCAAAUCUGUCUGUUAAUUAACUCCUGGUGCGAGCUAUUGCUCUUCUCGUGCUGCUUUCGCAGUAUGAGUACUCCCGGUGAAAUCAGAGUGUCUCUGGGCAAGUCGAUUACAUUAGAGCAGGCUAGACAGCUUGGCUUGGCGACUUGCAUCGAGAGGAUGCUUGCAUUUACUAACAAUUUGAGAAGGCUAAGAGUGGAUCAGUACGAAUAUGUAGCGAUGAAGGUAAUAGUGUUGUUGACCAGUGAUACAAGUGAAUUGAAGGAACCUGAAAAGGUUAGAGCAUCUCAGGAAAAGGCUUUACAGGCAUUGCAACAAUAUACCAUAGCAAGGUACCCAGAGAUGCCUGCCAAAUUUGGCGAGUUACUGUUAAGAAUUCCAGAUUUACAAAGAACAUGCCAGGCAGGAAAAGAAUUGUUAACUGCAAAACGUGCAGAAGGUGAAGGCAGCUCGUUUAAUUUGUUGAUGGAAUUAUUAAGAGGAGAUCACUGAAUUAUCACCAGUACUAAAUAAUGCCAUUCCAUGCUUAUAGAGUUCAUAAGCUUAGGGAAUUGGAUAUGUUAGAUAAUCAAGGAGCAGAAAAACUAGAAAGAAAUCAAUAAACAUUAUGGUCCAUGAUACUUUAGUUCAGGGUGAAGGGACUACAUUCUUAUAGAACUAAUUAGAGGUUGACUGCUUGUCACAUACAGCGGAUGAAAAACUAUUUUUCUCUCUUUUUUUGUUCUUUUUUUAUUUAAAAUGCUUCCAUGCGGGUUAUUGCAUAAUGCGAACCCACUUUGAAAUACACAAAUUUCGAAGCGGCCUAUGGUAUGCUCGAAAUGUUCAGCAUGCAUAUUUUUAUGCAAAACAGACUGAAAGUAUAAAUCGAAGGAGAGAUGCAGAGCAUUUACUUUUACAAUAAUAUUGAUGUACAGAGAUAGAAAGAUUGAGAGAGAGGGAGAGAAAGAGAGAACGAGUGAACGAGCGCAAGAGAGAGAGAGAGAGCGCGCGAGAGAGCGAGAGAGAGAGAGAGAAAGAGAAAGGGAGUUGGUAUCAAAUAGCAUAAAAAUGCUAAAUUUUAUUAGAUAGGUUCAAUCUGUUCAAGUAAACCGUGAAUACAAAGUUUUAAACUUGAUGAUUAUUAUAAUAAUAACACAACCAGUAUUUUGUAUUGUUCUGCGUUUACUUAAGAAUAAGGCACAGAAUGUCUUAUAUCCCGGUAAUGAAAGUGUACUUAAAUCAUGAGUUGACCAUUUUGCUUAUAGAGCAGUUAAUCGUGUAAUAAUUAUUAGAUAAUAAUGUUUAGCUAACAUAUUGUCAACAGAGCAUUAUGGUUUUUAUCUAUCGUAUAAAUACAUAUUUUGUAUUUUUCGUAUGUUUUAAUAACGCGCCAACGACGGAUGACAAAUUUUGUAUGCUCCAGCAUACAUUUCCUUUUUUCUGUCACGAAGAACGCGUGUGACAAUCUUUCUUUUUGUAAAUAAAUUUUGUUUGAAAACAUUUGUUUCGAAAUUAUGUUCUGUUUUGUAGAAAUUCUUAUAUGUAUAUUCGAUUUUUAUAAAGUUGACGGUUAUUUGUUGCAAAAUUUUACAAUAUUCUGUUGUAUCAAACCAGUUUCGCAAUCAAGUAACGCAUCUGUUAUUCAGGCUAUACGUAUGGAGUAAAUAACUGCCGUUACACAGAAAUACAUAUUUUUAUUAUGUAAUUCAUUAUUUCCAUACAGAAAAAUUUUUAUUAAAUUUUAAUAAAUAUGAUUUGUAAUAAAAAGAUUAUUACAAUUGUUGAAAGUUGUGCAGUCACACAAAUUGUUGCACAGAAUCUUGAAUUGUUUGACGACAGCAUGCAGUUCUUUUAGUAAAUAAUUUUGAUAUUAUCUAUGUGUGGAUUAUUUACUUGAAAGUAAAAUUUAAAUGAAAUCAACAUUCCUCGCGCAUGGCAUGAACCACAGACAAUCCGCUUGAUUGUAAAAUAUUUAAAUUGAUAUACAUUCGAUUUAUUAUAUUAAUGGAAAAGAGUGAUUUUUGAAUAUAAAU